CUCAAUUGUAGCCAAAUACUAUUUAACGAAACUAACGAAUCCGAAAUAAUCGAAACAAUGUUCACACGUUCAGCAAUCAUCCUCGCUUUGGCGCUUUCGGCGCUGCCCUCCAGCCACCAAACCAACUGCAUCGUCACCGAAUUUUCCCAAGUGGAAAGCGCCGUGCGCGGCUGCGAUCACGUGGUCAUCAGGAACCUCCAGGUGCCCGGCGGGCGGCCGCUGAAAUUGGACCUGCGGGACGGCGCCACGCUCACCUUCGAGGGCCGCACGGUGUUCGGCAUAGCCCACUGGCUGGGCCACCUGGUGCAGGUCACCGGGAAAAGGGUCACCGUCGAGGGAGCCCAAGGGAGCGUUCUGGACGCGCAGGGCGAGAAGUACUGGGAUGGACACGGUGGAUCCGGCGGCGUUACCAAGCCCAGGUUCUUCCACGUCGGUACUUCGGGCGGAUCGGUUUUCAAGAAUAUCUACCUGCGGAACUGCGCUCAUUUUUGCGUUGGAGUAACAGCGACAGAUACGCAUUUGUUCGGGUGGACUAUAAACGUUACGGAAGGAAAUACGAGAGGCGCGAAGAACACCGACGGAUUCGGGGUGUCCCAUUCGGAGAACAUCCUGAUAGAAAAUUCGGUGGUGAUGAACCAGGACGACUGCGUGGUGGUGAACUCCGGCAGGAACUACCUUUUCAGGAAUAUGAAGUGCGUGGGUUCGCACGGUUUGAGUUUCUCUUUAGGAGCCUCCGGGGACGAUCACGCUAACGGUGUCACCCAAAACGUUACUUUCAAGGAUAGCGUCGUGGAGGACGGAUCCUGGGGAAUCCACGUGAAAACUAAAAGAGGAACCGGCUUACUUACCGAUGUAGUUUACGAAAACAUUAAGUUUUCAGGAUUGGUGCGUGAUGGUAUUUACAUAAAUCAGGACUACGGGGAUACUGGUAAUGUUUCUCGGCCGUUCAAAAUAUCGAAUUUGAGGAUAUCUAAAGUGUACGGAUCGAUGGUUCAUAACAAAAAGGCCAUACCGGUUCACAUUGUUUGCAACAAAAACGGUUGUUCGAAUUUUAAUUGGUCAGAUAUUAACGUAAAGGGUGUAGCGAAGAAUUCUUGUAAUUAUCAUCCGAAUGGAUUUACUUGUUGAAAAAAAUAUAAAUGAAAUAUA